UAACACAAUAUAAACAUUCUAUUGAAUAUCUGAUAAAAAUUAAACAUUCGCGCUAAAACCAAAGAGCUGGUCGCAUAACACAAUCCUUUUAUAAGAUAAGUCGAUCAACUACAAAACUAGAUUAGUUCAUGGACUCCUCGAUUAACGAAAUACGUCAAACUGGGGUCAAGCUGUGGAUGAUAGUAUGUUUUAUAGAAAAGCUUAUAUAGUAGAGAUUCUCGUUAAAGAAUAUUUGAUGAAAAAAUAUUAAUAAUAAGGAUACAAAAUUAACAACAUGAAUCGUUCGAAGGAUGACAAAUAUUUGUCAAGAACAUCGAGACGAUAUAACGUUGUAUUGGUAUAAAGUAAGACGAGGUGUCUGAUAGGGUGAUGGUAAAGAGUUGAAAGGGGUGAACGAGUAGGAGAAGGAGGAGGAAGAGGAAGAGGAAGAAGAAGAAGAAGAAGAAGAAGAAGAGGAGGAGGAGGAGGAUAGCAGCAGGAGAAGAAAAAGGAGGGGGAAAGGAAAAGGAGGAGGAGCUUAUCUACAGUGCAGAUCGCGAGGGCGCGGGGCCGCGACCCUGAGCCCGAUACGCGCAAUAUUAUCCUGGACAGCGAACCGGUAGUAGUAGUGUAGUGUGGUAAAUGCAACCGAAUGCGUCGGAGUAUUUAUCUACGAAAGUCUUAUUCGUUUCGAAUAAAAGUGAGAUAUCAGAAUAGUUUAAUACGGUGAGAAGAGAUAUCAUUAAUGUGGUAAAAGGUCAAGAGUUCAUGAUCGGUUAAACGGAAAGGAACGAUGAUCUGGAUCUUACGAAGAGUUUGAUGAUAAACCAUCUUACUUCGUUUCUUCUUUGAUAUCUCUGGAGGAAGAUCUCGAAUAUCAAAUCGUUUUUGUGUAUACAAAUAUAUAGAAAAUAUUUUGAUUAAGGUGUGUCGAAAGAAAGUGUUAGCAAAUAGUAAAAGUGUAUGCGACUGUGCGACGAGUGAUAGUUUUUUCCCUCCUCCCCACUCCUCCCCCCUUUACCACAUCUUAGAAUUAUCUUUUCGCCUCUUUUUUCUAUUUUGUGAAAGUGUUACUUGUGCGUAAUCGUUUAUCGGACGACUCAAAAAUGCCGCUCUUUGGUAAGAAGGAUUCUAAUAAGAAAAUGAAGAAAGAUGGGAAAGACGAUAAAUCACCAUCCGUCGAGGACAAAUAUAUUUUGAAGGAAUUGCUUGGAACGGGUGCUUUUUCUGAAGUAAGAUUAGCAGAAAGUAAAGAAAAACCUGGUCAAAUGUUCGCUGUCAAGAUUAUUGAUAAAAAGGCAUUGAAAGGAAAAGAAGAUUCUCUAGAAAAUGAAAUCAAAGUAUUAAGGAGGUUCAGUGAAAGAGUGACACCACAGAGUGGUGAUGGACUCCUCAAGUCGGAUAGUAGUGGCGAAACAGGAUGGUUAACACAUCCUAAUAUAGUACAGCUAUUGGAGACUUAUGAAGACAAGCUUAAAGUGUACUUAGUUAUGGAGUUGGUCACUGGCGGCGAGCUUUUCGACAGAAUAGUUGAGAAAGGUUCCUAUACAGAGAAAGAUGCCUCAGGUUUAAUAAGACAAGUCUUAGAAGCAGUUGAUUACAUGCAUGAACAAGGUGUUGUUCACAGAGAUCUUAAACCAGAGAAUCUCUUAUAUUAUAGUCCAGAUGAAGAUAGUAAGAUUAUGAUUAGUGAUUUUGGUUUAUCAAAAAUGGAAGAUUCAGGAAUAAUGGCUACUGCUUGUGGUACACCAGGAUAUGUUGCUCCUGAAGUACUUGCUCAGAAGCCAUAUGGUAAAGCAGUUGAUGUUUGGAGUAUAGGUGUUAUCUCUUAUAUUCUUUUAUGCGGAUACCCUCCAUUUUAUGAUGAAAAUGAUGCCAACCUCUUUGCACAGAUUUUAAAAGGUGAAUUUGAAUUUGAUUCACCAUACUGGGACGAUAUCAGUGAUUCAGCUAAGGAUUUCAUACACAAGUUGAUGUGCGUCAAUGUUGAACAACGCUAUACAUGCAAACAGGCCCUAGCACAUCCUUGGAUUUCUGGAAACGCAGCUAGCAAUAAAAAUAUCCAUGGCUCCGUAGGAAAGUCUCCCUCUUCUCUCAUGGUUCCAGCAAGCGUAUCAUGCAACCACGGUCAUACGUCAGAUGCAGAGACUGGCACUCAACAGCGGCCAGCAGCAACAGGGCCCAGGAUCAGGCCCUUGCAGCGGCAACCUCACGCCGUGUCCCGAUCAAUCGCAAACCAAUCCCAGCAACCAUCAGCACAGACCACUGGGACCUCCAAACAACCUCAAUUGAAGGAUAUUCUUGAGCCAUCAUUGUCCACACCAAACUUGGUGGCUUUGCCAACCUCUCCCAUUCCACUUACUCCUAGCUCUCCAUUAUACUUACGCAAUAAACGCUUCAAAUUAUGGGGCAGUACACGCACUGCUCUCUCUACUCUUUUUCGAGUAAAUGUCUCGUAUCUUAGGAAGCAAAGGAAAUAUAAAAAAAGUUGAAUCUCAAUGCUAAACAUUCUCUAGAAGUUAAUGUCAAUGAAAUGUAACGCUUUGUAAUCAUUAUUUACAAAGUGUGAAAGAGCUACAUUACCUCAAGCUAAAAUGCUUUAUUACAAUUUCCUAUGACAUAGUAAAAUGCUGAUUAUGUAUAAUAUACAAAUUAAUGGAUUGCACGAUGAA